GGAAUUCCGGGGCGGGGCCUGUCUGGAGCGGAAGAGCCUGGGCGGCGGUGCGGCUCUGCGGCCUUCGAGUUCUGGGGCGGCGGCGGCGGCGGGCGCGGGCACAGGCACGGGCACGGGGCGUGGCGCGGAGCGGGCAGGAGGCGCGCGCCGGGCGGCGGGGUGCGGCGUGAGGCCGGGCCCGCGCGGCCAUGAACCUAGAGCGGCUGCGGAAGCGCGUCCGGCAGUACCUCGACCAGCAACAGUAUCAAAGUGCUCUAUUUUGGGCAGAUAAAGUAGCUUCACUCUCUCAUGAGGAACCCCAGGACAUCUAUUGGCUGGCUCAGUGUCUUUACCUGACAGCACAGUAUCACAGAGCCGCCCACGCACUCCGGUCACGGAAACUGGACAAAUUGUAUGAAGCAUGUCGUUACCUUGCAGCUAGGUGCCAUUAUGCUGCAAAAGAGCACCAGCAGGCCCUUGAUAUUCUUGAUAUGGAAGAGCCAAUCAACAAAAGAUUAUUUGAAAAAUACUUGAAGGAUGAAAGUGGCUUCAAAGAUCCCUCCAGUGACUGGGAAAUGUCACAGUCUUCAAUAAAGAGUUCUAUUUGUCUUCUACGUGGGAAAAUCUAUGAUGCUCUGGAUAACCGAACUCUGGCUACCUACAGCUACAAAGAAGCUUUGAAGCUUGAUGUCUACUGUUUUGAAGCAUUUGAUCUUCUAACAUCACACCACAUGUUGACAGCACAAGAAGAAAAAGAACUUCUUGAAUCACUACCUCUUAGCAAGCUGGGUAAUGAAGAACAGGAAUUGCUGCGUUUUCUAUUUGAGAACAAAUUGAAAAAAUAUAAUAAGCCUAGUGAAACGGUCAUCCCUGAGUCUGUAAAUGGCUUGCAAGAGAAUCUGGAUGUGGUAGUGUCUUUAGCUGAGAGACAUUAUUAUAACUGUGAUUUUAAAAUGUGCUACAAACUUACUUCGGUAGUAAUGGAGAAAGAUCCUUUCCAUGCGAGUUGUUUACCUGUACAUAUAGGGACGCUUGUAGAGCUGAAUAAAGCCAAUGAACUUUUCUAUCUUUCUCAUAAACUGGUGGAUUUAUAUCCUAGUAAUCCUGUGUCUUGGUUUGCAGUGGGAUGUUACUAUCUCAUGGUCGGUCAUAAAAAUGAACAUGCCAGAAGAUAUCUCAGCAAAGCCACAACACUUGAGAAAACCUACGGGCCUGCAUGGAUAGCCUAUGGACAUUCGUUUGCGGUGGAGAGUGAGCAUGACCAAGCGAUGGCUGCUUACUUCACAGCAGCACAGCUGAUGAAAGGGUGUCAUUUGCCUAUGCUGUAUAUUGGAUUAGAAUAUGGUUUGACCAAUAACUCAAAACUAGCUGAAAGGUUCUUCAGCCAAGCUCUGAGCAUUGCACCGGAAGACCCUUUUGUUAUGCAUGAGGUCGGCGUGGUUGCAUUUCAGAAUGGAGAAUGGAAAACAGCCGAAAAAUGGUUUCUUGAUGCUUUGGAAAAAAUUAAAGCAAUUGGGAACGAGGUAACAGUUGACAAAUGGGAACCUUUGUUGAACAACUUGGGGCAUGUCUGCAGAAAACUUAAAAAGUACGCCGAGGCCUUGGAUUACCACCGCCAGGCACUGGUGUUGAUUCCUCAGAACGCAUCCACCUACUCUGCUAUUGGAUAUAUCCACAGUCUGAUGGGCAACUUUGAAAAUGCUGUGGACUACUUCCACACAUAUUUCUUUUUAGGAGCAGACAUUAAAGACAAAUUAAAAUGUUAUGACUUUGAUGUGCAUACAAUGAAGACACUAAAAAACAUUAUUUCACCUCCGUGGGAUUUCAGGGAAUUUGAAGUAGAAAAACAGACUGCAGAAGAAACGGGGCUUACGCCAUUGGAAACCUCAAGGAAAACUCCAGAUUCCAGACCUUCCUUGGAAGAAACCUUUGAAAUUGAAAUGAAUGAAAGUGACAUGAUGUUAGAGACGUCUAUGUCAGACCACAGCACGUGACUCCAGUCAGUGGUCCUGGUCCCGCUGUCCCGGUGUAGGUUAGUAUUCUCUCACAUCCUCUCCAUGGCUUAAGAACGUCCCACUUCCUAACGUGACUCCAAACUGCAUCUCUACAUUUAGGAACAGAGACCCGCCUUAAGAGACUGGAUCGCACACCUUUCCAACAGAUGUGUUCUGAUUCUCUGAACCUACAAAAUAGUUAUACAUAGUGGAAUAAAGAAGGUAAACCAUC